UCAGGAAAUAUCCCUCGGGUAAAGGGGACCCUACCCUAUUACUGAGGAGGACGGGAUCAGAGAGCUGCAGUCUGGUUACAGGACAGAAUAAAGGCUGCUGGGACUUCAGAGACUCCAAGAGAAGCAGCUGUUCUCCCACAGGUGUUGGAAGUGCAAUCAGAUCUCAGAGCUCAGUGGUGGCAAGGCCACAGGCAAUAAUUAACAGGAUGGAUGGAGAAGAGGCUGACGAGGUCUAAAAGGGUCAGUCUGGCCCUUGCCAGCUUCAAAGAAGGAGCUCUACAAUGCAUGGAAUGAGAGAAGACUGCCUGUAACUACAUAUCUCCUCCCCACCCAGCAGAAACAUGAAGGUCACUGUGGCUGCCCUUGCCACUCUUCUCCUCGCUGCCUGCUGCUCCCAAAUCCAGGCUCAACUUGACGGAGUCACCACUCCAACCUCCUGCUGCUUCACUUAUACCAAAAAGAUCCCACGGGCCCUUGUGGCUUCCUACAAGGCCACCAGUAGCAAGUGCUCCCAGCCAGCUGUGAUCUUCACCACUAAGAAAGGCCGGGAAGUCUGUGCUGACCCCAAUGAAAAAUGGGUCCAGGACUACAUGAAACAUCUUGAGAGAAACUGACCAGCUCCUCACUACAGCACUUACCGACCAUCAUUCCUCAUGCCUUGGGCUUCUGACAGCAGCAAUCCCUCUUUCAGGGAAAUAAUAUAAUUGUAUUUAAUUGUUUUUAGGAAUGUUGGUAUAUUUGAAGAUGUUAUUGUUAAAGAGAACAAUUUAUUUUAUUUAAUUUAUAUCAAACACAAAUAAUUUAAGAUUAAAUAUUUUUUUUAAAAGAAAAGACAAGUUUUACAGUCAUAGACUAUGCUAUGAUUGUUAAUAAAGAUGUUUGCCCAUU